AUGUUCACAUGAGUCAAAUCAUCCUGGCUGCGAGGUCAAUGAAACAGCUGAUUAGUCGCUGACACAUUAGCAUAAGUAAGUAGGAUAAAUAGCAAACUACAUCAGUUAGAUCACAGCAGCGUAUGAGCGAAUGAAAAAGUGUGUCGCAACAUAUAAUGAUACAAGUUAAUUACGUCUCGGAGCAGCUGUAAUUAAAGCUGCAGUGUAACUUUUGAAGAGCGUAAUGGGCAUGAAAAGAUGGAUGAAAUUCCGGGAACUCAAUCUUCAGAAUCAAACGAAACGUAUGACAGAGAGACAAUUCUUCUGAACUUAGCGACCGACGAACAUCUGAGAACGUAUAUCUUGAAGCAAGAAAAUCCCGAGAUUUCAAUGACUCGCAGGACAUCGAGACCAACCGAAAAUGAAUGUCGAGAAACGGUUACCGAAGAGUUGCGAAAAGUUCUGAUCGCUGUUCCAGACACCAUGCUUCACCUUUUAACAGGGUGGACUAAACCUGCGGACUGCGGGCGACCCGCUGAUCAAAAGCCCGACUGGCUCGAUAUGGAAAAGCUUCGAAGAGGCCAGAAAUUCGCUCAGGAUCACAGUUUCUCAAUUUACAUUGCCGAGAUCCUCUCCUGGUUCGCAACGUACACUUUUCAAAGCUCUCUCAAUCCAGUGAUUAUAACAGGAAAAACUAGCUCGCCGUUCGCAGCUUUCAAAAGGUUCUUGUCUACGUCUCUGCGGAUUCGGCAUUGGUGCACUCAGGAUUUAUGGUCGAAGGAGACAGCAGCUUGGAAGGACAUUUUGGCUGUGAGAAGGAUGCAUGCGGUAGUAAAACGCAGGAUGGACACUUUUACGAAAGAAGACAGAGACGCCGCAGCUAAGAUACCCAAGCCUUUUUUCAUCUCGCGUAAAAUAUUGCUUGAAGAUUUUCCCGAGGCCUGUAAGACCCCAGCAAUCGGCCAGUGUCCAUUAUUGAUAGAUCAGAACAGUCCUGAUCCACCCAGGAGUUUCAAUCAGACCGACAUGGCCAUCACGCAGUGGGGCUUUGUCGGUUUGAUAGUCUCCUACCCUGAAGCUUUUGGGGUUCAUUACGCGACGGAUGAAGACCUCGAAGCCUAUUGCCACUUAUGGAGAAGCAUCAGUUAUCAAUUGGGAAUGGAAGACGACUUCAAUUUUUGCCGUGGUACUCUUAAGGACAUCCGAAAACGGAGUAACGACUUCAUCGAAGCAUGGGUGAAGCCUCAUCUGCGAGAGGUUACCCCGGAGUGGGAACAUAUGCUGAGAUGCAUAUUCAGUAGUCUCAACCUUUUCAUGCCCAAUAUCACGUUUGAAACAGGUCUUCUCCAAUUUACGGAUAUUAUAAAUUUGAAAAUGCCGCGGCUCUAUUCUUCGCUUUCUUAUAAGCAAUGGAUCGGCUACUAUGUCACAAAGUACUUUUUUUAUUACGCAACCAAAUUACCAGGAGUAAUAAAACUUGCGAAUACUUUUCUGAACCGAUCACUCGAUGACUGUCAAAGAAUGUCCCCUCAGGAGAUGGAAGCGAUACGAAUCAAGUUGGAGAAGUAG